UUGAAAAUUCAAAUUAAGUCAAGAGGGGAAUGUCAUAUUAUUUUGCCGCUUCUUAAAGAAAAUCUAUUAAUUUUCUUAAAACUAGGUAAAUUAGUAGAUAUAAAGAAUAAAAAACAGUUCCAAUUGUUCAUAGCUCGUGACAAAAUCCAGUGAAGUUGAAGGAAACAAAGAUAAAAGUUUAAAACGCAGUGAAUUUUAUAAAAUAAUAAACAAGAAGUAAAAGCAAGGCAGUCGAAAUGGGAGAUACAGAAAAAUUGGAAGUUCGAGAUCCAGCAAGAGUAGAAAGAAUUGGAGCACAUUCUCAUAUUCGUGGAUUAGGACUCGAUGAUGUUUUGGAAGCUCGAGCAGUUUCACAAGGAAUGGUUGGUCAGAAAGAAGCACGAAGAGCUGCUGGAAUCGUUGUUCAAAUGGUCCGAGAAGGAAAAAUUGCAGGACGAUGUAUUUUAUUGGCUGGCGAACCGAGCAGUGGUAAGACUGCAAUUGCAGUAGCUAUGGCACAAGCUUUAGGUACUGAAACACCAUUUACGAGCAUGUCUGGAUCAGAAAUUUAUUCACUUGAAAUGGGCAAAACAGAAGCAUUAUCACAAGCACUUCGAAAAAGUAUUGGAGUUCGAAUAAAGGAAGAAACUGAAAUUAUUGAAGGUGAAGUCGUUGAAAUUCAAAUCGAUCGUCCUGCUUCAGGUACUGGACAAAAAAUUGGGAAAGUAACAUUGAAGACAACAGAAAUGGAAACAAAUUAUGAUUUGGGAAAUAAAAUCAUUGAAUGCUUUAUGAAAGAAAAGAUCCAAGCUGGAGAUAUUAUAACAAUUGAUAAGGCAUCGGGAAAAGUGAGUAAAUUAGGCAGAAGUUUUACAAGAUCUAGAGAUUAUGAUGCCACUGGUGCACAAACUAGAUUUGUUCAAUGUCCAGAAGGCGAAUUGCAAAAAAGAAAGGAAGUCGUACAUACUGUAACAUUACAUGAAAUUGAUGUCAUUAACAGUCGUACACACGGAUUUCUUGCUUUAUUCUCUGGAGAUACUGGUGAAAUUAAGCAAGAAGUACGAGACCAAAUUAACAGUAAAGUAUCAGAGUGGCGAGAAGAAGGAAAGGCUGAAAUUAAUCCAGGAGUUUUGUUCCUUGAUGAAGCUCAUAUGCUUGAUAUUGAAUGUUUUUCAUACUUAAAUCGUGCAUUGGAACAAGACAUGGCACCUCUUGUUAUUAUGGCUACAAAUAGAGGAAUCACAAGAAUUCGUGGUACAAAUUAUCAAUCACCCCAUGGAAUUCCAAUUGAUUUACUAGAUCGCAUGAUUAUCAUCAGAACAGUUCCAUAUACCGAAGAUGAAAUGAAAGAAAUUUUAAAAAUUCGUUGUGAAGAAGAAGAUUGCCAAAUGAAUCCCGAUGCAUUGACAAUUUUGUCAAAAAUAGCUACACAAACAAGUCUUCGCUAUGCCAUUCAACUUAUAACGACAUCAAAUCUUGUUAGUCGACGUAGAAAAGCACCGGAAGUGACUACUGCUGAUGUAAAAAAAGUUUAUGAACUGUUUCUCGAUGAACAACGCUCCAGUCGCAUUCUUAAAGAAUUUCAAGACGAAUAUCUAUUUAAUGAGAUCAAUGAAGCCAUUCCACAAUCUGCAAUGGAAACGAAUUAAAUUUUCUUACUUCCAUUUCCUAUCAAUUUCACUUGAUUUGAACAUUUUAUUUCUCUAAUUUACGUGUGUCUUUGAUCGAGGUAAAAAAGAUUUAUUUUGAUACACUUGCAGUAUGCACUUGACUUUAUGUCCUCCUCUCAUUAAAAAACAAACAAACAACAGAUUAAUGUAAUAAACAAACAAAAAUUAAUUAAACAUAAUCUAAACCAAGUCUUUUAUGAGUAACCAAAUUUGUUGCUAUAUAUUUUCACAUGCUUUUGGUGUUAAUCCACUUUCUGACAAUACUGCACAUACUUCUGCAAACAAGUCUCUUAAAAUGGUUGCUUGCCUUCUUUGUUGUCCGUCAAUCAACACGGUGGGAAUAAAUGAGACUGGAGGAUUUAAUGCAUGUGUAUUUUCACCAGCUAUUUUCAAUAGCUCUUUCCCAUGUAAAGAUGCAUAGCACUUUUGUAUCGUUUCAGCAUCAACUGUAUACUCUCUUGAACAACGCUGAAACGCUUUUUGAGGAUUUCCAUUAUCUCUGAUCAUGCAAGCUAUAAAAUCCAAUUUUAUCUCUGUAUCAUGGAUGGACUCAACAGCACAACAAUGAAUGAUAUUUCCCUCACAUUCGGUUGGACCUGAAAUCAUAAGUUACAAAUUUUACUAAUUGAUGACUUUGAGCACGUUCAACGAUUAAAUGUAGGUCAGUUCCAAAAAUCACAACCAU